CAGUAAGAACUGGGACCUGACUGUGCAAAAGUUCGCACGGGAUUUUCAAGUGCAAGAAAGAAAAUAGGAAGAGAAUGGCCAACAAAGCGCAGCAGCCUCCUCACCUUCAUCUGGCGGAACUGACCGCAUCCCAGUUCCUGGACAUCUGGAAACACUUCGAUACUGACGGCAAUGGCUACAUCGAGGGCAAGGAGCUGGAGAACUUCUUCCGGGAGCUGGAAAGUGCACGGAGAGGGGCAGGCGUGGAUCCCACAAAUGCUUCCUUCAGAGAAAAGAUGAGGGAGUUCAUGCAGAAAUUUGACAAGAACGCAGAUGGAAGAAUUGAAAUGUCUGAGCUGGCUCAAAUUCUGCCUACAGAGGAGAACUUUCUGCUGUGCUUCAGACAGUUUGUGGGUUCCAGCUCCGAGUUCAUGGCGGCAUGGCGAAGGUAUGACACCGAUCGCAGCGGAUAUAUUGAAGCCAAUGAACUCAAGGGAUUCCUCUCAGACCUUCUGAAGAAGGCCAACAGACACUAUGACGACCAGAAGCUGGUUGAGUACACGCAGACGAUACUGAGGAUGUUUGACCUGAACGGAGACGGAAAGCUAGGCCUCUCGGAAAUGGCCAGGCUGCUGCCUGUCCAAGAAAAUUUCCUGCUCAAAUUCCAGGGCCUCAAGCUGACCUCCGAUCAGUUCAACGCCAUCUUUACAUUCUACGACAAGGAUGGAAAUGGCUACAUCGACGAGCAUGAACUGGAUGCUUUGCUCAAAGAUCUCUGCGAGAAGAACAGACAUGAGAUGGACAUCCGGGAUUUGGUGGGCUACAAGAAGAGCAUCAUGGCUCUGUCGGACGGAGGCAAGCUGUACCGGGCCGAGCUGGAGAUCGUGCUGUGCCGGGAUCCCAUGUUCUGAGGCCCCUGAAGGGCCACAUUCGCCCUUCCUGAGCCCCAGGAUCUCAGCAGCCCCUUAUUGCUUAGCUCUGCUGCCACCAUUUGCAUGUGCUGGAGUCGCGCUUCCAUCAUGUCCUGACGAAUGUGCACUGAGGUGCACUUUCUGACCCUCCGCCAGGCUCCACCCUGCCCCUCUCUGACCCUCCGCCAGGCUCCACCCUG